AACAUCACAUGUUUUUCGUCGUGACGUCUCACACUCCCACUAGUUGAUUGAGGAAGAGACCUGCUCGCUUCUCCCUCUCCCCGAGUCGAUCGGUCCAGUCCGAGGGAAGAAGGCAAGAAGCUCCCGGCGCGCGCGCGCAAGCGAGAGGAAAUGGCGACCAGCAACGGCUCAGGGGUCGCGCAGGGGGAGGAGGGGAAGACGCCACCGCCUGCGGGGUCGAUCGGCGGGUACGAGUCCCUGCACAGGCUCCUGGAGGCCAACCUUUCCCCCGAUCUAUUCCAGGAAGCAAGUCGAUUGCUGCUGGGACUGAAUUGUGCACGACCUCUUGAGGCUAUCUCACUGCCUGACGCCACAACCACUCUUGCGGAAACACACAGUUUUGAUUUGCAGGCAUUCCGUUUUAGUGCAGACAAAGAGUUUCUGAGGCAAUCAAGAGUUGUUCGAGUAGGUCUAAUUCAGAACUCAAUUGCUGUUCCCACUACUUGUCACUUUGCUGACCAAAAGAAGGCAAUCAUGGACAAAAUAAAACCUCUAAUUGAUGCAGCCGGCGCUUCUGGUGUCAAUAUUAUGUGCUUACAAGAAGCCUGGACAAUGCCUUUUGCCUUCUGCACACGCGAGAAAAGAUGGUGUGAAUUUGCUGAACCAGUUGAUGGAGAAUCUACUCAAUUCCUUCAGGAACUUGCACAGAAGUAUAACAUGGUAAUAGUGAGCCCAAUCCUUGAAAGGGAUAUAAACCAUGGGGAGACUAUUUGGAAUACUGCUGUUGUUAUUGGAAACAACGGCAACAUAAUUGGCAUUCAUCGAAAGAAUCACAUUCCAAGAGUUGGUGAUUUCAAUGAGAGCACAUACUACAUGGAGGGUAACACUGGGCAUCCAGUGUUUGAAACAGCUUAUGGCAAAAUAGGAGUGAACAUUUGUUAUGGAAGACAUCAUCCCCUUAAUUGGCUUGCGUUUGGUCUCAAUGGAGCUGAAAUAGUGUUCAACCCAUCUGCGACUGUUGGUGAACUGAGUGAACCAAUGUGGCCCAUUGAGGCAAGGAACGCCGCAAUUGCAAACAGCUACUUCGUUGGAUCAAUUAAUCGGGUUGGCACAGAAGUGUUCCCUAAUCCUUUCACAUCCGGUGAUGGGAAACCGCAACACGCAGACUUUGGCCAUUUCUAUGGAUCUAGCCAUUUCUCAGCACCUGAUGCCUCCUGCACCCCAUCUCUAUCACGCUACCGAGAUGGCUUGAUCAUCUCCGAUAUGGACCUCAACCUAUGCCGCCAGAUCAAAGACAAGUGGGCCUUCCGCAUGACUGCUCGCUAUGAGAUGUAUGCAUCCUUGCUCUCAGAGUACUUGAAGCCAGAUUUCAAACCUCAAGUCAUUGUUGAUCCCUUGAUUAAUAAGAAGGCAUAAAAACUGAGGUAUGCUGGAUACUUGGGCUUAAAAGGAGGUCAUUUGUGUAUUGACAUGAACAGGAAAAGGUUUACCAUUUAGCAGAAUAAUGUCUACGAUGAAGAUGCAAAAUGGAGGAAGUUUCUUUCUUUUUUUUUCCUUUACAUUUCCACAUACUGUAAAAAUGUGUUUGGUGUAGUUUGAGCUUCUUUUACUCAAUAUUCGAAACAGUAAUGCUUGUUUUGUUGUAUAAUUUGCUAGAGAUUUUUCGAUGAAGAAAUUCAACAAUCUUUAAA